AUGAGGAGGGUUGGAUUAUUGUUGGGUCAAGCCCUGCUCCUUGUCGUCCUUUGCUCGGUUCUCGUUUUGGAACGGUCGAUCUAUCAAUCCAGAGUCACAAAAUCGAACAACUGCUUGCCCGCGGCCGUUGACAAUACGCCCGCUCUGAAAGCCCCAAAUCCAUCUUCCACGAAUACCAGGGCCUCCUUUCCUAGCCGAUUACCAACAGCGGAGCCUCCUGGAGACUUCAUCCCAUUCACAUCAAAAUGGCAGCCAGCGUCAGGGACGAACAUCCAUCCGUUGGUUCCAACACCGGCCGUUACCACUGUCACCGCCUCACCCACAGCAGAGAUCGAUUGCCCCAACAAGCGCGACAGCCCAGACAUGGUUGAAGACACAAGCAAAUACCUUCGCGCGAUCAUGAACUCCAGUACGGAAACAGGCCUUUCACGGUUGGAAUGUGGUCCCCUGAAGAGAAUCCGGUAUGCUGGUCUUCAUCACGUUCCGGCAUCUACAAACAAACCCCGAUACUUCUUCGCACUGGACCUUUAUCAAUCAACCCAGAUCAUAACACAGCUUUUCGGCUCGAUCGUUGAAGUUAUCCGUUUUCUAGGUCCCGAACUUUGUGCCGUUUCGGUGGUGGAAGGAAGAUCAACAGACGGAACAUUCGAGGUUUUGAAGAGUUUGGCUCAUGAAUUGGGAAGUCUUGGUGUGAGGUAUCAUCUGUCUUGCAACGAACUCGAUCCGAAAGGGCAAGGGAUGGACCGCAUUGUGACCCUGGCGCAGCUCCGCAACCAAGCUCUUUGGCCUCUGACGAAGAAUCCGGGGCAGUAUGAUCCUUCGACCACAGUCAUCAUUCUGAACGACAUUGCCCUCUGCGCAGAAGAUAUCUUGGAACUGAUUCAGCAACGUGUGCUGCUCAAGGCAGACAUGACCUGUGGUAUGGAUUGGAACGAUAACGGCAACCCCUUCUACGAUGUCUGGAUUGGCAGGCAGUUGAACGGCGAUUCAUUCUUCGAGAUUCCUCAGAGUGGGUCUUGGGAGUUUGCCCACAACCUGUUCUGGAACCAUGAGGAUAGUCGGAGACGAUACGCAUCUGGAAGCCCAGUACAGGUAUUCUCAUGUUGGAAUGGCGCAGUUACAUUCAUUGCAGAGCCAUUUCUGGAAGGCAAAAUCACCUUCAGGUCGAACAAUGAAGGCGAGUGUUACCUUGGAGAACCAGUGCACCUAGCCAAGGAUCUUUGGAAAGCCGGCCACGGCAGGAUCGCGAUACUUCCAAGCGUCAACGUUGGAUACAGCGUCAACGCGUCAGCCAAAGCGAAAGAGAUGCAUGGUACAGUGUCGGCAUGGGCAGAGAAAGGGGACCCUCCAGACAGCCACAUUACAUGGCAAGAUGAUCCACCUGGCCAAAUCAAAUGUAUGGUGUUUCGGGACCAUCAGUCUUGGGAGCCUUGGGACCAGAGCCUGUGA